AGAGAGGAGAGAGAAAAGUUCUACCUGAACCAAAAGAAGACACCGGAGAUUGAACAAAUUGAUCUCUCUGCUUCAUCGGAUUGUUAUAUCAGAGAGAGAAUUUCAGUAUUCAAAGAUCAGAAGACGAAGAAUGUUACAUGUAUAAGUACGAAUAAGCGUGAUUGAAGAUCAGGAAUCAGGGGUUUCAUCGCCAGAGCUUUAUUAGAGGAUGUAUCAGUGGAGGAAAUUCGAGUUCUUUGAGGAGAAAUAUGGUGGAAAGUUCUCCAUUACCGACGAUGUGACCGGAAAUAUCACUUGUUGUUCUAGCGGACGAGGAAAAGUCGUUGUCGGAUCUGACGAUGGCACUGUUAGUCUGCUUGAUCGAGGGUUAAAGUUCAACUAUGGAUUCCAAGCUCAUUCCUCUGUCAAAUUCGUUCAGCAGCUCAAGCAACGGAAUUUCUUAGUCACGGUUGGAGAAGAUGAACAAGUAUCUUCUCAAGCUUCUUCUUUAUGUCUCAAGAUUUUUGACCUUGAUAAGAUGCAACCGGAAGAAGGUCCGAGUACAUCUACUCCGGAUUGCGUCCAGAUAUUACGAAUUUUCACAAAUCAGUAUCCUGAGGCAAAGAUAACUUCCUUUCUAGUGCUGGAGGAAGCACCGCCAAUACUACUAAUAGCCAUUGGAUUGGACAAUGGUUGUAUAUAUGGGAUCAAAGGGGAUAUUGCUCGUGAGAGAAUCAAGCGGUUCAUGCUUCAGGUUGGCAAUGUCUCUAAUAAAGCUCUGUCUUCUUCCAUAACAGGGCUAGGGUUCCGUUUAGAAGGACAAGCAACUCAACUCUUUGCAGUUACUCCAAGUUCAGUGAGUUUGUUUAGUUUGCAAACUGAACCAUAUGUUAAGCAUACACUCGAUGAGAUUGGAUCCAGUGCUGCUUCCGCCAUGAGCGACCGUUCGGAACUGAUCAUUGGUAGGCCAGAGGCUAUAUAUUUCUACGAGGUUGAUGGUCGUGGACCAUGUUGGGCUUUUGAAGGAGAGAAGAGAUUCCUUGGGUGGUUUCGUGGUUAUCUCUUAUGCAUUAUAGAAGAUCCAAGAAGUGGUAUAACUACUUUCAACAUUUAUGAUCUGAAGAAUCGUUUGAUUGCCCACAGUUUAAUAGUUAAGGAAGUUUCUCACAUGCUUUGUGAAUGGGGAAGCAUAAUUCUUAUAAUGAAUGAUAAAUCAGCACUAUGUAUCGGUGAGAAGGACAUGGAGAGCAAGUUAGAUAUGCUAUUCAAGAAGAAUCUAUACACAGUCGCUAUAAAUCUUGUUCAAAGUCAGCAAGCUGAUGCUGCAGCAACUGCCGAAGUCCUCAGAAAGUAUGCAGACCAUUUAUAUGUCAAACAAGACUAUGACGAGGCAAUGUCUCAAUACAUUAAUACCAUUGGACAUCUUGAACCUUCUUACGUUAUACAGAAAUUUCUAGAUGCCCAGAGGAUUUACAACCUUACGAAUUACUUGGAGAAGCUACACGAAAAAGGGCUUGCUACAAAAGAUCAUACGACUCUAUUGCUGAACUGUUAUACAAAGUUGAAAGACGUCGAAAAACUCGAUAUGUUUGUCAAGAGUGAAGAUGAACACAAAUUUGACGUCGAAACUGCAAUUAGGGUUUGUCGUGCUGCGAAUUAUCAUGAACAUGCAAUGUAUGUUGCUAAGAAGGCUGGAAGACAUGAAUGGUACUUAAAGAUCUUACUGGAAGAUCUGGGUCGAUACGACGAAGCCUUGGAAUAUAUUUCAAGUCUUCAACCGAGCAGCACUGGGGUGACCAUAAAAGAAUAUGGAAAGAUUCUUAUAGAACAUCGGCCCAAGGAAACAAUUGAAAUACUCAUGAAACUUUGCACAGAUGAAAAAGUGAAGAAGUCUAAGAAGAAAGUUUCUUCAAAUGAUAACUACAUGUCCAUGUUGCCAUCUCCUAUAGAUUUUCUUAACAUUUUUGUCCAUCACCCUCAGUCUCUCAUGUUUUUUCUUGAAAAGUACGUGGAGAAAGUAACUGACUCGCCUGCUCAAGUUGAAAUUCACAAUACACUCCUGGAGUUUUACUUGUCCCAUGACUUAAAUUGCCCUUACCCUUCAAAUGGAUUGAUGCCUUCGGUAAUAGCUGAUGACAUAGACUUGGAAAAGGAGAAGGAUCAUCAAGAAAGGCUUCUGAAAGGGUUGCGUUUGUUAAAGGCUGCUUGGCCUACUGACCUAGAUCAACCACUAUAUGAUGCUAGCCUUGCUGUUAUUCUUGCUGAAAUGAAUGGCUUUAAGGAAGGGUUAUUGUUUUUAUAUGAGAAGAUGAAACUUUAUAAAGAGGUGAUGGCGUGUUACAUGCAGGAUCAUGACCACGAGGGUUUAAUUGCAUGCUGUAAGAGGCUGGGGGAUUCUGGCAAAGGAGGUGAUUCAUCUCUAUGGUCAGAUGUAUUGAAAUACUUUGGUGAACUUGGAGAAGAUUGCUCGAAAGAGGUGAGGGAAAUAUUGACUUACAUUGAGAGGGAUGACAUUUUGCCUCCGAUAAUCGUCCUUCAAACCCUUUCCAGAAAUCCGUGCUUAACUCUCUCUGUGAUUAAAGAUUACUUUGCCCGAAAGCUUGAACAAGAAUCAAAGAUGAUUGAAGAGGAUCGCCGGGCUGUAGAGAAAUAUCAGGAAGAAACAUUGUCUAUGAGGAAAGAAAUUGAAGAUCUAAGGACAAAUGCCAGAAUUUUCCAGCUCAGUAAGUGUACUGCUUGCACUUUCACGCUUGAUCUCCCUGCUGUUCACUUCAUGUGCAUGCACUCAUUCCAUCAGCGUUGCUUGGGUGACAAUGAAAAAGAAUGCCCCGAGUGUUCUCCUGAGUACCGAACAGUACUAGAAAUGAAGAGAAAUCUGGAGCAGAACUCUAAAGAUCAGGUUAAGUUCUUUCAGCAAGUCAAGAGUUCAAAGGAUGGGUUCUCUGUGAUUGCCGAGUAUUUUGGGAAGGGUAUAAUUAGCAAAACUACCAUCGCACCCAAAUACGACUAGCAAUGCUACUGCUGACUCUUUUAUUGGUACCUUCUUGUAUCUUUUGGCUUGUUGAUAUUUUUGUGAUGAGUUCUUAUCAUUUCAAAACUUGGUGUAAAAUUGUUUGUAUUAAUAGAAGUUGUCUUCGUGAAAACUUUGUUAAUACAAACUUGUUGUUGUUAUUUUUAUUUUCCUGAGACUAGGGUUUUUUCCCCACCCUUUUGUUUUGUUGAUAUUUUUGUGCUGAGUUCUUACCAAUUCAAAACUUGGUGUAAACAUUGUUUGUAUCAUUAAAAGUUGUCUACUUGACAAUUUUGUUUAUACAAACGUUAACUUAACUUCUUUUUU